AUGCUUCAUCCUUGGUGUCAGUGGGAGAAAAAGCACCCCAUCCUUGGUGUCAGUGAGGAAAAUUGCCUUAUCAUUGGUGUCAGUGGGAGGAAUAGUUCCUUAUCAUUGGUGUCACUGGGAGGAAUAGUGCCCCAUCAUUGGUAUCAGUGGGAGGAAUAGUGCCCCAUCAUUGGUGUCAGUGGGAGGAAUAGUGUCCCUUCAUUGGUAUCAAGUGGGAGGAAUAGUGCCCCAUCAUUGGUGUGCGUGGGAGGAAUUAGUACCCCAUAAUUGGUGUCAGUGGGAGGAAUAGUGCCCAUCAUUGGUGUCAGUGGGAGGAAUAGUGCCCCAUCAUUGGGUGUCAGUGGGAGGAAUAGUGCCCCAUCAUUGGUGUCAGUGGGAGGAAGAG